UUAUAUAUUUAUAUAUAUCGAAGCUAUUUCUGAAAAUUUUUAAGAGAAAGCCAUGAAAAAGCACAGUUUCUUCGUCUCCAUUAUCGCCGUUAGCUCGCUCCUUAGCUUCCUCAUUGCAGGAGUGGAAUCAAUAGGGGUCUGCUAUGGCAGGGAUGGGAACAAUCUCCCUUCACCAAGUGACGUCAUUGCUCUCUACAAAUCCAACAAUAUUGGAGGGAUUCGGCUGUACAGCCCCGACCAAGACGCCCUCCAAGCCCUCCAAAACUCCAACAUUCCCGUCAUCCUCGACGUCCCCAACUCCGACAUCCCCUCCCUUGCCUCCUCCUCCUCCUCCGCCGCCUCUUGGGUACAAACCAACAUCCAGCCCUUCUCCUCCUCCGUCUCCUUCCGCUACAUCUCCGUCGGCAACGAGCUCAUCCCAAGCUCUCAAGCCCAAUCUAUCCUUCCUGCCAUCCAAAACCUUCAAAACGCCUUACAAUCCGCCGGCCUUCAAAUCAAGGUCUCCACUUCCGUCUCCACCGGCGUUCUCUCCACCUCCUACCCUCCUUCCGCCGGCGCUUUCUCCUCCGACGCCCUCACCACUCUGCAACCAAUCAUUAACUUUCUCGCCAGCAAUGGCGCUCCCCUGCUCGUAAACGUCUACCCUUACUUCAGCUAUGCCGGCGACACCGCCGACAUCUCCCUCGAAUACGCGCUGUUCACCUCGCAGGGGACGGUGGUGCAGGACGGUGGGCUGAGUUACCAGAAUCUGUUCGAUGCGCUUGUUGAUGCGGUUUACUCGGCGUUGGAGAAGACGGGAGGUUCUGGGGUAGCGGUCGUGGUGUCGGAGAGCGGGUGGCCGUCCGACGGCGGGACGGCGGCGACCGCAGAUAAUGCGCAGACCUAUGUUUCUAAUUUAAUUAAGCAUGUGGGGCAGGGGACGCCGAAGAGGCCGGGGAGUAUUGAGGCAUAUAUAUUCGCCAUGUUUGAUGAGAAUGAGAAGCAGCCACAGGGUAUAGAGAAUCACUUUGGGUUGUUCACUCCCGAUAAGCAGCUUAAAUACUCCAUUUCGUUUUAGGCAUAAAAGCUUGCAUGCAGCUCGAAAUAAAGCGACGUGGAGCAACACACGUUGUCACGUGGUAUAUGUAUUGGGUAAUAAAAGCUUGGUGUUUUAAUUUAUUUGGUCUGGUUUCUUAUGUGAUUUUUAAGGUUUUGAGAAAUAUUUUCUCAUCAUAAUAGCUA